GAACUCUACCAUCCGCGUUGCUUGCAAAACAUGCGCGUUGUUGACAAGCUGAUCGGGUGUUGCUGAACGAUGCGGGUAAUCUUGCACUGAAGUUACAUUUGGUGGCGAUUGCGCGUUGUACGUAGGCCACUUAUACGUACACACCGAGGUAAUAGAUGGUUGGCAUUGGACUUCAACAUUAGCUAUCUUUUAGAAAAAAAUGAGUAGCCAGUUACCAAGAAGGAUCAUCAAGGAGACACAGCGACUGAUGGCAGACCCUGUGCCUGGCAUCAGCGCAGUGCCAGAUGAACAAAAUGCCAGGUACUUCCAUGUGAUAGUGGCAGGUCCGGAGGGUUCACCGUUUGAAGGCGGCGUAUUCAAGCUGGAGCUUUUUCUCCCAGAGGAGUACCCGAUGUCGCCUCCAAAGGUCCGGUUUAUGACGAAGAUUUAUCAUCCGAACAUCGACAAACUUGGGAGGAUCUGCCUAGACAUUCUAAAAGACAAGUGGUCGCCGGCGCUGCAGAUCCGUACCGUGCUGUUGUCAGUGCAGGCGCUGCUCAGCGCGCCCAACCCGGACGACCCGCUCGCCAACGACGUGGCCGAGCUCUGGAAGUGCGACGAGGCGGCGGCCAUUCGCAACGCGCGCGACUGGACCCACCGCUACGCCGUGGCCGACAAGUGAGCGGCGGCCGGCGCACGCU